CCUUUCUCUUAAACUAUUACUUCUCCCUUUUCAAAAUGGCGCUGCCCAUGUGAAAUUUUUACAGAUUUGUUGAAAUAUGUUUCAAGUUUUUAAACUGUGUAUUGUCACGUCUUUCUGUCAAUUUAAAUAGAUAAAUUUACACUAUUAGAUUAAGAAAAUGGCAGGUCGUGGUCGAGGACGUGGUAAAACAGUUUCAUUUGAUGUUCAAGCUCUUGGAUUUGGAAGAGGUGAAGCUCUCCCUGCAGCUAAUCUACAGCCACCACCAUUGUUUCCAACACAAGAAUUUAAAUCAGUGCCUUUGUCUCAAAGUGAAGAUUAUGAAUACAUGUUAGCCUUGAAACAAGAAUUUAUUGCAACUCUUCACAAGUCACCCUACUACCUUAAGCUCAAUGAUAAAAGAAGAGAUAUAGAGAGAUAUUCUGACAAGUAUCAACUAAAUCAACAAGACUGUGCUGAAGCAUUAAACCCAGACUGGAGGAGAUUACCUGCUGAAUUAAAGGUCAAAGAAAGAAAGUUGAAGAGAGCCAAAUCAUCUCUGAAACCCAAAAUACCUCAACGUAAAACACCUGUUACAGAUGUUAAGGAGAUUGCCAAAACUUUAGAGACAUUAGAAAAGAAAGAAGAAACCAAUGUAGAAGUGGAAGAAGGUGCAGGAGAUGAAGAUGAAGAAGAAAAAGAAGAUGAUCCUGAUGAAAUUGGAGAAGAUGAAGUAUAUGAUGAGGAUGACUUAGAAGAGGAGACAGAUUAUGCUUUUAAUUAUUUUGACAAUGGUGAGGGUUAUGGUGAUGAUGAUGGUGACGAUGACGAGGGACCAAUCUACUGAUCAAAUUACUGUUGAUGGCCUUAAAAGAACAGUGACCAAAACCAUAUAAAUUUUGGUUAAUGGAUCAGUCCUGUAUUCCAAGAUAGCCUGUUGUUCAGGAUUUUCAAGACCAAUUUUGUUUAUAAAACUUAGUCAGGUGAAGUUUGUAAGGACUUGGUGCUUGACAUUCUCCAUAUCAGUGAUGUCGGACUAUUCUUGUCAGCAAGUGUUAGAACAAGCUAAACAAUGUUGACAAUCUACUGUAACACCUGUUAACCUAGCUUCUUUUAACAAUUUUACAGGAUAUUUGAGCCAAGCUGCUAUUUACAAUGUUUAUAGGAAAUAUUUGAACCUACAUAGUUACUGUUAAAAUAUUUUUAAAAAAGAUAUUUUAAGCCAGCCAUUGUGGACUGUGUUUUGAAAGUACUUUUCUCUCUUGUGACAAUGUUUCUGAGAAUUUGUAGGCUGUUUUCAGAACUGUUUAUAGAUAGUUUUAAGAGAAAAUAAAACUUGUAAAAUAUUGUUAUUGUUACUUUCUUUUUACAUAAUUACAUGUAUAUCAAUAAAAUAUUUUGUUGCUAAAGAGAA